CAUUCAUUUAGCUUUUGAAGGUAACAAACUAAGCAAUAAUCUUAUCCUCUACUUUAUUUGUCAAUCAAAAUUGCGUAAAUGUUGAAAGAAUAUCAACAGAUCCAAUGAAACCGAUAUUGUGUACUUCUGUUUAUGGUUCAUUCAGAUUUUUGUCUAAAAGCUGGUAAACAUUUGGACGAAGAUAUGUAUACUGUUGAUCAAUAUUUAUCGUUUGAACAAAUUUUUAAAUGGAAAUUAGUGAUAUUUAUUUACCUCAUUUACACAUCAUCAUUCUAUUCAUCGAAUUCCAUUACAAUGAAACGUCCAUCAGCAGAUUCUUUUCAUCCAUUACACGAGAAAUAUAUUGACCUAUUAAGUCCAAUCAAGGCUGAUCAUGAUUAUUUUCACUUCAAUCCAGGCACAACAUCUGAAGCAGAUGGUAAUCAAUGGGAAAACCGAACCUUACAAGCUUCCAGUUCUACUGAAGCACUGCAAUUUGACUACGAUGGUCAAAAUGAUAUAUCUUUAUCCUACACACCAUUAUUACCAGUCAGCUUUUUGGUUGAAAUGAUACCGUAUCCGAGAUUAUAUCCUGGACGAUCAUUUUUCUUCAGUCGUCUAGAUAACUUGAAUCGUAUACGUUUGGCUAUCGGAUUAAACCAAUGGGGUAAAACUGGUGAAUGUAUGGAAUUAUGGAUACAUCAUGAAUUAUUUUAUAGUCUGGAACCAACUCCAAAAAUUUCCACAUAUUAUAUUGGAUCAGGUUUAGUAAAUCAUGCCGGUCUUGUAAUAGUACCUUUACCGAAUUAUCAAUUCAAUACUAACAAACCUAUUACACUGAUUAUUGAAAUUACAAACGCCAGUGUUAAAGUGUACAAAAACUGUAAGUUAUACCAUAAACCUCUAUUUAGUAUUAAUUAUCGACAAAAUAUAAAAUAUCAUCAUUUACAUGGAGACAGAUUUGAAAAUAAAUCAAAAGAAUUAUCGAGAUUGGAUAAAUUCUAUGCUCUGUCAGGAGGACCAUAUCAUGGUGACAAAUUUUUAGGUCUUAUGAAACGAAUGAAAAUGUUUUUUACUGAAUAUGGAGCUCGAAAAUAUUGUUCUGAUGAUAGUAAUUUCAAACUAUGCAAAAGUAGUUUAAAUGAACAACAUAUCCGAAAAGAAUGGGGGAAAUUAAAUCCAUUUAACCAGUCAAAUCAUACAGUUCAAUUAAACAAUAAUGAACAGAUCAGUGGUAAAAUCAAUCAACAAUUAAACAAUAAUAUAUAUAAUAGAACAGAACAAUCAUUUAAUAAUAAGAAUGAUGUCACCGUAAAAAAUGGAUUGAAAUUAAAUAAAUGUAAUCAAAAUAUUCAUGAAGACAAUUGUACUAAAUUAAAUUUGAAUAAGUCGGUGAAUAAUGUACCAGGUGGAAGACCAGCACUGACAGAGGUAGUUGGAGCUGAAGGAGAUGUGAGUGGAGACGCUUCGACAGGCACCCAUUCUGUCAGUCACAUGGAUCGUGUCGAUUCCGGAGGAGAGAAUGUUCUCGGAACACAGGUACCAGGUGGAAGACCAGCACUGACAGAGGUAGUUGGAGCUGAAGGAGAUGUGAGUGGAGACGCUUCGACAGGCACCCAUUCUGUCAGUCACAUGGAUCGUGUCGAUUCCGGAGGAGAGAAUGUUCUCGGAACACAGGUACCAGGUGGAAGACCAGCACUGACAGAGGUAGUUGGAGCUGAAGGAGAUGUGAGUGGAGACGCUUCGACAGGCACCCAUUCUGUCAGUCGCAUGGAUCGUGUCGAUUCCGGAGGAGAGAAUGUUCUCGGAACACAGGUACCAGGUGGAAGACCAGCACUGACAGAGGUAGUUGGAGCUGAAGGAGAUGUGAGUGGAGACGCUUCGACAGGCACCCAUUCUGUCAGUCACAUGGAUCGUGUCGAUUCCGGAGGAGAGAAUGUUCUCGGAACACAGGUACCAGGUGGAAGACCAGCACUGACAGAGGUAGUUGGAGCUGAAGGAGAUGUGAGUGGAGACGCUUCGACAGGCACCCAUUCUGUCAGUCACAUGGAUCGUGUCGAUUCCGGAGGAGAGAAUGUUCUCGGAACACAGGUACCAGGUGGAAGACCAGCACUGACAGAGGUAGUUGGAGCUGAAGGAGAUGUGAGUGGAGACGCUUCGACAGGCACCCAUUCUGUCAGUCACAUGGAUCGUGUCGAUUCCGGAGGAGAGAAUGUUCUCGGAACACAGGUACCAGGUGGAAGACCAGCACUGACAGAGGUAGUUGGAGCUGAAGGAGAUGUGAGUGGAGACGCUUCGACAGGCACCCAUUCUGUCAGUCACAUGGAUCGUGUCGAUUCCGGAGGAGAGAAUGUUCUCGGAACACAGGUACCAGGUGGAAGACCAGCACUGACAGAGGUAGUUGGAGCUGAAGGAGAUGUGAGUGGAGACGCUUCGACAGGCACCCAUUCUGUCAGUCGCAUGGAUCGUGUCGAUUCCGGAGGAGAGAAUGUUCUCGGAACACAGGUACCAGUUGGAAGACCAGCACUGACAGAGGUAGUUGGAGCUGAAGGAGAUGUGAGUGGAGACGCUUCGACAGGCACCCAUUCUGUCAGUCACAUGGAUCGUGUCGAUUCCGGAGGAGAGAAUGUUCUCGGAACACAGGUACCAGGUGGAAGACCAGCACUGACAGAGGUAGUUGGAGCUGAAGGAGAUGUGAGUGGAGACGCUUCGACAGGCACCCAUUCUGUCAGUCACAUGGAUCGUGUCGAUUCCGGAGGAGAGAAUGUUCUCGGAACACAGGUACCAGGUGGAAGACCAGCACUGACAGAGGUAGUUGGAGCUGAAGGAGAUGUGAGUGGAGACGCUUCGACAGGCACCCAUUCUGUCAGUCGCAUGGAUCGUGUCGAUUCCGGAGGAGAGAAUGUUCUCGGAACACAGGUACCAGAUGGAAGACCUGCACUGACAGAGGUAGUUGGAGCUGAAGGAGAUGUGAGUGGAGACGCUUCGACAGGCACCCAUUCUGUCAGUCGCAUGGAUCGUGUCGAUUCCGGAGGAGAGAAUGUUCUCGGAACACAGGUACCAGGUGGAAGACCAGCACUGACAGAGGUAGUUGGAGCUGAAGGAGAUGUGAGUGGAGACGCUUCGACAGGCACCCAUUCUGUCAGUCGCAUGGAUCGUGUCGAUUCCGGAGGAGAGAAUGUUCUCGGAACACAGGUGUCAAGUGAACAACCAGCAUCGACGAGUGAACGUCAGACCGGUGACAAUGAGACCAGAGACACUUCAGGAUACUCUGACUCCAUCAGUCACAUGGGUGUUGGUGUUGGUGUCGGUGCAAGUGCCAAUGCCAGUGAGGAGAAUGUUCUCGACACACAGGUGUCAAGUGAACAACCAGCAUCGACGAGUGAACGUCAGACCGGAGACAAUGAGACCAGAGACACUUCAGGAGACUCUGACUCCAUCAGUCACAUGGGUGUUGGUGUUGGUUUUGGUGCCACUGCCAGUGCCAGUGCCAGUGAGGAGAAUGUUCUCGACACACAGGUGUCAAGUGAACAACCAGCAUCGACGAGUGAACGUCAGACCGGAGACAUUGAGACCAGAGACACUUCUGGAUACUCUGACUCCAUCAAACACAUGGGUGUUGGUGUUGGUGUUGGUGUCGGUGCAAGUGCCAAUGCCAGUGAGGAGAAUGUUCUCGACACACAGGUGUCAAGUGAACAACCAGCAUCGACGAGUGAACGUCAGACCGGAGACAAUGAGACCAGAGACACUUCAGGAGACUCUGACUCCAUCAGUCACAUGGGUGUUGGUGUUGGUUUUGGUGCCACUGCCAGUGCCAGUGCCAGUGAGGAGAAUGUUCUCGACACACAGGUGUCAAGUGAACAACCAGCAUCGACGAGUGAACGUCAGACCGGAGACAUUGAGACCAGAGACACUUCUGGAUACUCUGACUCCAUCAAACACAUGGGUGUUGGUGUUGGUGUUGGUGUCGGUGCAAGUGCCAAUGCCAGUGAGGAGAAUGUUCUCGACACACAGGUGUCAAGUGAACAACCAGCAUCGACGAGUGAACGUCAGACCGGAGACAAUGAGACCAGAGUCACUUCAGGAGACUCUGACUCCAUCAGUCACAUGGGUGUUGGUGUUGGUUUUGGUGCCACUGCCAGUGCCAGUGCCAGUGAGGAGAAUGUUCUCGACACACAGGUGUCAAGUGAACAACCAGCAUCGACGAGUGAACGUCAGACCGGAGACAAUGAGACCAGAGUCACUUCAGGAGACUCUGACUCCAUCAGUCACAUGGGUGUUGGUGUUGGUUUUGGUGCCACUGCCAGUGCCAGUGCCAGUGAGGAGAAUGUUCUCGACACACAGGUGUCAAGUGAACAACCAGCAUCGACGAGUGAACGUCAGACCGGUGACAAUGAGACCAGAGACACUUCAGGAUACUCUGACUCCAUCAGUCACAUGGGUGUUGGUGUUGGUUUUGGUGCCACUGCCAGUGCCAGUGCCAGUGAGGAGAAUGUUCUCGACACACAGGUGUCAAGUGAACAACCAGCAUCGACGAGUGAACGUCAGACCGGUGACAAUGAGACCAGAGACACUUCAGGAUACUCUGACUCCAUCAGUCACAUGGGUGUUGGUGUUGGUUUUGGUGCCACUGCCAGUGCCAGUGCCAGUGAGGAGAAUGUUCUCGACACACAGGUGUCAAGUGAACAACCAGCAUCGACGAGUGAACGUCAGACCGGAGACAAUGAGACCAGAGUCACUUCAGGAGACUCUGACUCCAUCAGUCACAUGGGUGUUGGUGUUGGUUUUGGUGCCACUGCCAGUGCCAGUGCCAGUGAGGAGAAUGUUCUCGACACACAGGUGUCAAGUGAACAACCAGCAUCGACGAGUGAACGUCAGACCGGAGACAAUGAGACCAGAGUCACUUCAGGAGACUCUGACUCCAUCAGUCACAUGGGUGUUGGUGUUGGUUUUGGUGCCACUGCCAGUGCCAGUGCCAGUGAGGAGAAUGUUCUCGACACACAGGUGUCAAGUGAACAACCAGCAUCGACGAGUGAACGUCAGACCGGAGACAAUGAGACCAGAGUCACUUCAGGAGACUCUGACUCCAUCAGUCACAUGGGUGUUGGUGUUGGUUUUGGUGCCACUGCCAGUGCCAGUGCCAGUGAGGAGAAUGUUCUCGACACAGAGGUGUCAAGUGAACAACCAGCAUCGACGAGUGAACGUCAGACCGGAGACAAUGAGACCAGAGACACUUCAGGAUACUCUGACUCCAUCAGUCACAUGGGUGUUGGUGUUGGUUUUGGUGCCACUGCCAGUGCCAGUGCCAGUGAGGAGAAUGUUCUCGACACAGAGGUGUCAAGUGAACAACCAGCAUCGACGAGUGAACGUCAGACCGGAGACAAUGAGACCAGAGACACUUCAGGAUACUCUGACUCCAUCAGUCACAUGGGUGUUGGUGUUGGUUUUGGUGCCACUGCCAGUGCCAGUGCCAGUGAGGAGAAUGUUCUCGACAGAGAGGUGUCAAGUGAACAACCAGCAUCGACGAGUGAACGUCAGACCGGAGACAAUGAGACCAGAGACACUUCAGGAUACUCUGACUCCAUCAGUCACAUGGGUGUUGGUGUUGGUUUUGGUGCCACUGCCAGUGCCAGUGCCAGUGAGGAGAAUGUUCUCGACACAGAGGUGUCAAGUGAACAACCAGCAUCGACGAGUGAACGUCAGACCGGAGACAAUGAGACCAGAGACACUUCAGGAUACUCUGACUCCAUCAGUCACAUGGGUGUUGGUGUUGGUUUUGGUGCCAGUGCCAGUGAGGAGAAUGUUCUCGACACACAGGGACAGAAAGGAGACAUUGGACCACAGGGUCCAGCUGGUCUAGUGGGCUCUACGGGUUAUUGUCCAGAAACAAUAUGUCCAUCAAUUGAUAUGAGUUCAUUGAAAGGUGUUCAAGGUGAGACUGGAUCAAGUGAAUGGUGUAAUAGAUCAUGUAAAACUAUUGAUGGAAUUAUUGGAUUAAAAGGAAUAAAAGGUCUAAAAGGUGAUAUGGGAGAUACUCUAAUAUUAUCAUAUUCAAAGGCCUUACAACUAAUUAAAUACACUGUAAACAUUACAUCAUCAAAUUAUUUUCCCAAAGGUCAAAAAGGAGAUAAAGGUGAGGUGAUUCAGAGAAAAUUCAUUCAGAGAAGAAUAUCUUCACAGAAUAAUAGAAAUUUUCAUCGACGCAAACGGGGACAACAACAAGAUUAUGACCAUUUAACUUCUCGAAUUCAUCCUUUACAAGAAAAUAAGAAACAUUUAAAACAUCCUUUGAAUCAAACAACACAUGAUUCAAGUGUCUUAUUCACUGGAUCAAAUUUCCCAAAUUUAGAAAAACAAAAAGUUUUAGGUGUUAAAAUACUUCAUAAUCCUAAUGAAUUCAAAACUAUUGGUUCAAUUCUACCAGUUGGUGCAUUAGUUGUUACUGAAUUCUUCAAUUAUGAAGUAUUAUCAUUUGCAAAUGAUAAUCAAUCAUCUAAAUGGGAUUUAAAUAAGAAAUUUCAAUUGGAUCAACUUAGUUCAUUGGGUUUAUUUAUGAAAAUUGAAAAUAUUCAUAAUACAUGGAAAAGAAUACAUGUUAAAUUCGGACAAGAAGUAACAUUUGGUCAACAUGAUCCUAAUUUACAAAUCUACAACAGUUCAUCAUCCAAAGAACCUUCAUCUAAAACUUAUACCCUCAGAUAUAGAGAAAAAAUAGUAUUUGCAUUUCAUCCUGUUCCUUUGACUGGAGGAUCAUUUUCAGGAUGGCAUGGAGCCAAUACGAAGUGUCAUGAAACUGCUCUUCAUCAUCUUGGAAUACCUGGUUUUAAAGUACUUCUUGUAGACACAAAUUUUCCAAUAGAACGUCUUAUCAAAUGGCAAUAUCAACAUGUACCUAUUAUAAAUCUAGGUAGUCAAACUGUAUUUUCGAAAUGGAGAGAUUUCCUAUAUGGUAUUCGUUCGAAUAUAAACGUACCACUGUACGAUUUAUAUGGUAUGCCUGAUUUACAAGUUCACUCUAAAAACUUCUGGCUUGGAGGUGGUAUUACUUUUGGAUGUGAUGGAUGGACAACAAAUUCAUCAACAAAAUUUGGUCUUACAUGGUCAUUUGAUCAUAGAAUAGGUCAACUGAAAAUCAACUAUGCAAAAUGUGACUCAAUCAAUUAUUUAAUGUGUUAUAAAAUUGUGAAAUCUACAUUAGCUUGAUGCUUCAGUCUAAUGAUAAUAUUUAUGGUCAUUAUUUUAUUAAACUAUAAACACAUCUACUAGAAUUACUUAAUUUAAUCAACCAGUUAAUUUUUCAUGUAAAGUAAAUGGAAGCUAAAACUGUCUUACUUUCACGAUUUUGAAACAAAAAAUGCAAUCUCUUUUAUUAUAAUUGAAUAGUAUAAAUUUAGAGAUAAAUGUUGAUGUUCAACUUCUUGUGCUGGAACGUACCGUUGUAUUAC